AUGGUUGUUGGAGCUCUGUUGCAGUGCACCGCGUUCCACCUACACGAGCUGAUCGUUGGACGCUUAGUCACAGGUUUCGGAAACGGCAUGAACACGUCAACAGCGCCAAUCUGGCAGUCCGAAUGCUGCAUGUCCAAACAUCCGAUGCUUGGCCUUUCCCAUUGGCUUUCCAGAUUUUCGUCGCUGCCAUUAUUCUGGCCUUUGUCUUGCUUCUUCCUGAUCUCCACGUUGGUUAUCCUUAAGGGCCGUGAAGACGAGGCGAAGCAAGUCUUGGGAGCUCUGCUAGGGGACGGAAGAAAUCCUAUUCUCCUGCAGACCGAGUUUACUGCCAUCAAGGCCACCAUUGUGGAGAUGGCCAAGGGUUCUUUCCAUGGCAUGUUCACUAUGGACGAGGAUCGGUGCUAG